CAGGCAGCUGUGACAGUGGAAACAUCAGUCACCACUGUAUGUGCAGCCUAUUUGUCUUGCAGAACAGGAGGGUGAGGUUUCCUCCUGGCCGCCAAAUGUCUGCAGUCAUUCCUGCAUCAGUCACCGGUGAAAACAACCCAUCGUCCUGGUCGAGUGUCACUGAGCGAGGCACCGAUUAUGGGUCACACUGGCUCCUUGGAUGUGAGGAGGAGCUCGGCCUCAUUUACCUAAUGUUUCCGGCACAGCGGCUGCAGCACACCCGCUCAGGGUGGACAGUGCAACAGCAGCUGUGUAUUGUGACACUUCCAUGGGGGGGGGCACUGGAGCACAGCACUGAUACACACUCUGGGCCAGCAGGUGGCAGCAUCCACCGUUCGUUGGUUCAUAGCCCGCCAUUCAGUCCCAGAAGAAGAAGACGUGACAUCCGGUACGUCCUGUUUGAGUUCAGUGUUAGAUGAAUACAGAGGAACGGACGUGCACAGCAGUGUCUGAGAAGAUAUUUAAGUUUUUUUCUGGUGUUCAGGUGAACACAGCUCUGUCCUACAUCCACCAGGAAACAAAUCAUUUGCUCACAAACAGGGAUUUAUUCUGUGAACCUGUUCUGAUUCCAGCUGUUUAGCGGGACACUGAUGUUCUGCAGCAGCAAACACAAACAGGACUGUUAAAUGUCAAACGCUGCUUUUUAAAUUAUCGUGCCCUUGACACACAGUGUCAAUGAUCAAUUUCACACGGGGUAAGGGAACACCUGGGCUCCAACGCCACCUUUACUAAAGGAUUUCAACUGCCUACAUCCUUUCGACCCAAUGCCACAGUGAAGGUUUCAGGGCAAAUCUUUCACCUGGCCCAGAAACCAUACACAUGCAGGUAUCACCUGCACAAAGUGUAAACGCUGGCUGCGAACAAACGUCGAGCAGAAAAGGAUGAAGAAAAGGUUCUUUUGAACAGCACGUUCAGCUUCAAAGCCCUGACAGAUGGUUGUCUCAACAAGACCAAAGUUAUUUGCAUUUACUGCCGAUGUGAAUUGAGUUACUACCAGAGUACACUGAGUCUCAAAUACCACUUGCUGGCCAAGCACACAGCUGAUGCAGAGAGCCAUCCUCCCCCUCACCAAAGGCAGACCACACGGGAUAGUUUGCAACAGAGAUGCCUGGACAACUCUACAAGCAGCGAACUUUCAACAGUGACAGCUAAAUGAGCAGCUAUAGCUGCAGGUCAGUUAACACUGUGGAAGACGAGGGUCUGCUUCAAAUCAUUUUCAUCACAUCCAAAGACUACACACAUGAAUUGCCUUUGAGAUCCACCGCUGUAACCAAGGUACAUUAUAUGAAGCGGAGGAGGCACUGGGACAGACGAACAUGGUUGGCUCACCGGAGACUACUGGAUUUCUCUUAGUGAUCCCAGUGACCUCAGGGUCCCUUUACAUUUAGAACAGAUUUUUAAAAAGUGCAAUUAAUUGCAAGUUAGCUGUGAAUAAUCAUGCAGCUAAUCUUGAUUAAGUAUUUUAAUUGGCUGACAGCACUAAUAUAAACAUGUUAUUUUGCCCUUCAUGUUGUUGAAGCUUAUCUAUGUUAGGUACAAAAUCAUAUGAUUAGUCACAAAAAAGUUGCUCUGCUGAUACUGAUUCAAUAUGUUUCUGAUGUGGCUGACUCUUCACAGUGUCGCCUUGACACCUGUGCUCCCAGCUAAACACUAGUUUCCAUGAAGACACUGCCAACACAGUCCAAAGGUCACCUGUUCAGACUGAACAAACAGCAGAUGAGCUGGGUCACAAGACUCUCUGAGAGUAACCUGAUAGGCCAGAGCCGGGCAGUGAUGUCAUCUGAUAGGCUGUAACCUGGCAACUACUGUAAGUGUGACACAUACAGGAGAGAAGAAGGAAGAGGACUGGAGAAGAAGGAAAACAACUGGAAGAGUAAGAAGAGGAGAUAAAGGAGGAGGGGGAGAACAUUAGGAGUUCAGUAGGACUAUAGGACACAGAGGAGCAGAUGGAGUGCAGCGUGAUCCGGCUCACUCACUGUCAGAAGGACAUCUUCUGUUUCUCAGUGCCAGAGAAGUGUCCGAGCUGUGGGGAGGAGCUGAGGGGGAGCAGACUGCUGGAGGCGCCCGUCAGCCUCCCCUCCCCUCUCGCCAAUGGACACAAGAGCUCCUGCUGCCUGUUAAUAGCACCUGCACAUGACAACCAUACCAGAGAGUUUGAUGGGACAUCAGAUCUACACACUGGCAUCUCCAGCACCAAAGGUGUUGUGUAUAAUUACACUCGCACCGGGGUCCGCAGAGACCAGAGUGGGUGGGAGCAGUGCAUCAGUGUUCCUCUGGUCCGACCCGAUAUGUUUCACCUGCUGGCUCAGUGGGACCAGUACCUGGACCGCUUCUCUGAAGGACCCAUGUGGGACCCUGCCUGGCACAGGUUUGAUGACGACCACCAUAACUGCUUCAGUUUCUGUCUUUGCUUCAUUAAUGGCAUCCUGGUGGCUGAGGGGCGGAGCUCGCUGAGCAGAGACUCCUUCACUAACACCUUCAUCCUACCGAAGAUGAGGAGGGUCUCCAAGUACACGAUGCUGUAUCAGCACAUCCAGGUCCACCAGUUCUACAUGGUGGACCGGCAGCAGGACACACCAGUCACCAGUUAAACCAGUUAAUGUUGAGUCGGUGUGUAACUUCGCUAAAACAAUGUCGGACUCCGUAGUUUUCUCUGGACCCCUACCCAA